CUGGAUGCAACAGUCUUAAAUACAUGAAUAAGCACUUGGCUGCUAGCCUGCUACCAUAGCUACUAACGUUACCAGAAAGUUGCGAGUAUCUUUGCUACCAACUAGGGUACAGAUGCUGAUAACUGGAGGAAACAAGAGACUCAACAUGGCAACGCCGGUGUCUGUGCUCCGCCUGCCAAAAGGACCCGACCCCAACAGCCGCGGAUUUGACCCCAAAUCCCCCCGUUUUAUCGCUCUCUGUCGCACCUCCAUUCCCACUUCUGCUGUGUCCGAGGCAGAUGUUGAGCAGCUGCCGAAAGAGCAGCACGCGCGAUCUGUGCUGAGAGAGAGUUUCCUCCGAUGUCUACUCUCCAUGACCAACAAGAAGGUUCAGUUUCACAUGUAUGAGAGGGUGAAGGUGGAGGCCACGUUUGGAGCGUCUGAUAUCGACGUGAUGAACUUUCAGGUGUCGGACCUGCACACUCCCAUCGGAGUGCAAAAAGAGGCACUGAUCAGAUGUCAGGAUGUGAUUUCAUUCAGUUUUGAUGCAUGAACACAGAAUAUUCUCUUUGGGAUGAGAGUCACUUUGGGUGUCUCAUUUGUUGUUGCAAGUGAGCUCUGUUUUCACACUGAGUGUUCUAUUUUUGUAGGGGUUUCAAUCCUGUAUUGUUCAGGUAUUUGUACUUGCUUUCAAAUAUCCAGCACUGACAGGCAGUCCCACUUGUUCAGCACAAGAGGGAGCCACAUGCUUGUGUUUCAAGAGAGAUGUGACUGGUUGCACUAAGAUUAGGUGAAAUCAGUUUUUUGACAAACAUUUUGAUUGAAUGAUAAUGUUGCUAAUGACUACUAGUGUUUUCACAAUAGUUACCCACAUCCGGGAAACAGCUGUUUGUAAUCUAUAUGAAGACUUAGGUAGAGAAGGAGAGAAAUUCACGGUUUAUUUCUUUCAGCUACAGCGUAAUAGGUCCAGAAAGUUGUAGAAUUAAUGGUGAUUCAGCCUUUUUUUAAUCUACUUUCUGUAGCUGGCCAGCGCUGCUCUCUUCCUUUUGUGAUAUGGAUUUUCAUUUAAUUCAAAGCAAAUGAAACCUUGCACUUUAAAUUAUUGAACAACUUUAGUAUUUGAAUGGCCAUUUUGUGUUCUAUUUGGAAAAAAUAACAAGACACUU